CGCUGAGUCAGCUCGAUGCACGACGUCCCCCAUUCAACGUUCCAGAGGGAUACAAUCAGUUCUUUUGAAGCCGGUGGUUGGUUUAUUUUCAGGUUCAAUCAUCAUGUACAAUGUAGUUCGUAGGAUUAUUGUGCUCUGGAGAGUCUCGGGUCAUGCAGAGAAUAGGAAUGAUUAUCGAGGAAUGAUCAAAGUACAGUAAUAAAAAAUCAUGCCCAAGUAUGUACCACCACGUUGAACGGGACUGGACGCUGCAAAGAGUUCCCCUCCUCCUCUUCCCGCUCUUUCCUCUCCCUUUCUCUUUCGAUCAUAAUCUUAUUCAUAAAUCUGCCAUCAUGGGUUACACUGAUCUGGAUAAGUUGGCGAUCAACACCAUCCGUGUUCUCGCGGUUGAUGCCACCUCCAAGGCCAACUCGGGCCACCCCGGUGCCCCGAUGGGCAUGGCCCCCGUGGCCCACGUUCUGUUCAACAAGUUCAUGAACUUCAACCCCAAGAACCCCGACUGGGCCAACCGUGAUCGUUUCGUUCUCUCCAACGGCCACGGCUGCAUGCUCCAGUACGCUCUUCUGCACCUCUUCGGCUAUGCCCUCACCAUUGACGACCUGAAGAACUUCCGUCAAAUCGACAGCAUCACCCCCGGCCACCCCGAGGCUCACGACACCCCUGGUAUCGAGGUCACCACUGGUCCCCUGGGUCAGGGUUUCUCUAACGCCGUCGGUCUGGCCAUUGCUCAGGCUCACUCCGGUGGUGUUUUCAACAAGCCCGGCUUUGAGCUGUUCAACAACUACACCUACACCUUCUUUGGUGAUGGCUGUGCUAUGGAGGGUAUUGCCUCCGAGGCUGCCUCCAUGGCUGGUCACUUGAAGCUCGGCAACCUGAUUGCUAUUUACGACGACAACCACAUCUCCAUUGACGGUGACACCAAGUGCGCCUUCACCGAGGACGUCAUGAAGCGCUUCGAGGCCUACGGCUGGCACACCGAGUGGGUCAAGGACGGUGACAACGACCUCCAGGCCAUCGAGGAUGCUAUCCGCAAGUGCCAGCAGGUCAAGGACAAGCCCUCCGUCAUCAAGUUGACCACCACCAUUGGUUUCGGUUCCAAGCUCGCCGGUACCGGCGGUGUUCACGGUAACCCCCUCAAGGCCGACGAUGCCAAGCACGUCAAGCAGCUGUUCGGCUUCAACCCCGAGGAGAGCUUCGCCGUUCCCCAGACCGUCUACGACCUGUACAACCAGCACGCCGCCGAGGGUGCUGCCAAGGAGCAGGAGUGGAACGCCCUCUUCCAGAAGUACCAGAAGGAGUUCCCCACCGAGGGUGCUGACCUCGCCCGCCGUCUCGCCGGCAAGCUGCCCGAGGGCUGGGAGAAGAGCCUCCCCACCUACACCUCUGCCGACCCCGCCGUUGCCUCCCGCAAGCUGUCCGAGGCCGUCCUGGAGAAGAUUCACAGUGUUAUCCCCGAGCUGCUGUCCGGUUCCGCCGAUCUGACUGGCUCGAACAACACCCGCUGGAAGAACGCUGUCGACUUCCAGCCCCCCGACCUCGGUAUUGGUGAGUGGUCUGGCCGUUACCUCCGCUACGGUGUCCGUGAGCACGCCAUGGCUGCCGUCAUGAACGGUCUCGCUGCCUACGGUACCGUCAUCCCCGCCGGUGGUACUUUCCUCAACUUCGUCUCGUACGCUGCCGGUGCCGUCCGUCUGUCGGCCCUGUCCCGCGUCCGUGUCAUUCACAUCGCUACCCACGACUCCAUCGGUCUGGGUGAGGACGGUCCUACUCACCAGCCUAUCGAGACCCUGGCUCACUUCCGCGCUCUGCCCAACUGCAUGGUCUGGCGCCCCGCUGAUGGCAACGAGACCAGCGCUGCCUACUACUCUGCCCUGACCGCCAAGCACACUCCCUCCAUCCUGGCUCUGACCCGCCAGAACCUGCCCCAGCUGGAGAACUCUUCCAUCGAGAAGGCCAUCAAGGGUGGUUACGUCGCCAUCGAGAACCCCGAGGCCGCCGUCACCCUGAUCUCCACCGGUUCCGAGGUCGGCAUCUGUAUCGACGCCGUCAAGACCCUCGAGGCCCAGGGCAUCAAGGCCCGUGUUGUCUCCGUUCCUUGCUUCGAGGUCUUCGAUGCCCAGGACAAGGAGUACCGCCUCCAGGUCCUGCCCGACGGUAUCCCCGUUCUCUCCGUCGAGGCCUGCUCCACCAUGGGCUGGGAGCGCUACGCCCACGAGCAGUUCGGUCUCAACCGCUUCGGUGCCUCCGGCCCUUACAAGGAGGUCUAUGCCAAGUUCGAGUUCACUCCCGAGGGCAUUGCCAAGCGCGCCGUUGCCACCAUCGAGUUCUACAAGGGCUUCCCCGUUCGCUCGCCUAUUAACCGUGCUUUCCAGCAGAUUCUGUAAGCAUUGGAUGAUUAUGACUGGCUAGGAUAAAAUUUUUCUUUUGGGAUUGUUUGAAUUUUUUUUUAGUUGAGGGUUAAUAGCCCUUAGACCUAUUUUAGGAAUGAUAUAGAGCGAUUUCUUGGUCAUGCUUUCGUUCAGUAGCAGUAGUGUGAGGAGUAGCUGUGGCAGGAGGAGAAGCACGAAGGAGAAGUAUAUCCGAUCAAAUCGACGGUUCACAGUGGUUAGCGGGGUCUUUUCCGGAUGAAUCCAGAUGUUGACAGACCUUGGAAAGAGUUUCU